CGUUAUUCGGAAUUAAUUCGAAAAGUAUCUCUAACAAGAUUCGACUUCUGUUUGUUUAUUGUUAGAAAGCAAAGCUAAAAAAACAUGGAACGAUUGAGUCACGUUUUAUCACGUUAUCACGUUAAAUUUAUAGAUAUUGCUUUUAUCGGAAUAUUAUUCUAUACGGGAGUCGCGAAAGCAACAGGUCAAGAUGAGAUAACACCGACAAUAUUUCUAUUGGACAACGAGACACACAAUGAAUAUAUUAUGAGAAUGUACGAUAAUGGUUGCAAAUGCAUUGAAUAUAAUUGUGGUUGCUGUCAACAUUUACAGUGGGAUGUAAUCUCUAUGGACGGAAAGUUAUGCGCAAAUACAAGUUAUUUAGAAAAGGACUAUGGGUUU